AUUCGGCCCUCAGUACUGGUAUGUGGACGUAAACAUGGACUGCUCCAAAACGGUGGACGGGUUCUUCGAGUUCAAAGCUCUAGUCAACGGAAACUGGGAAGGGAACCCGCACCUGGAGGCCACGUGUGGAGGACCUGAGGGGAAGACCCCACCCUACCACUCCCCCAACCACUUUGCCCGCUGUGGCUACCUCAAUGUGUUCCACUGGGACACCCCGGGCUGUGACAUUUACGCCAUACCCUCCGCCGCUGCUGCCCAGCAACCGAUUGUCGGAUAGAAUCUUGCGAACAGCAGUUCAUUGAGGAAAAAUAUCAGCAGUUCAAUGAUGAGAAUAUAUAUAUUAGCAGUUCACUGAUGUAAAUAUAUAAUAUAUAGCAGUUGACAGAUGAAUAUAUCAGAAGUUCACUGACGAAUAUUUCAACAGUUUACUGGUGAAUAUAUUUUAUCAGCUCUGCAGUCAAUUCAUGAAUAUAUCAACAGUUCACCGACGAAUAUUUCUACAGUUUACUGGUGAAUAUGAAUAUUUCAGCAUUUCACAGAUGAACAUCUAGCUUUGUGAGUCGUACAUGACAUCCUCGGCACAUCAUUUGUGCAACUGAGCUCACUGACAUUAUUGUUCCUCUAUGUUUAUAAUUCUUCGAAAAUUUCUUUCUUUUUUUUUACAGAAGGUAUGAUUCUUUUUCACCCCGAAAUAUCUAAUUGUUGAACAGAAAUCAUCGCUCUACGUAGAGAACCAAUCAAUCAUUUGAUUGAAGCUUGUCUGUGUGUUGACAGCCAGCACAAAGUAAUAUUAUUGGAAGGAUCUGUAGCAUCUAAGACAUUAUUAUUAUUAUUAUCAUCAUCAUUGUUUUAAAGCUCUCAUUCUAAGUGAUCCAAUUUUAGAUCUAGAUGUAGCUAGAGUCUUGUUGGAAAGUUCAACAAUGCAUUGGUUACAAGUAGCUUUGAACUUGUAUUUCACAGUGGGUAUUAUUGCGCUCGCUAACAGUUCCGCUUUCAGGUAAUCACAUACUGCGUAGUUCAUGUCAGUGUGUGACUUCUCGAAAUGCUCCCUACUCAGUUCUAGUAUUACAGCGAGUUAGUUGUGAAUAACAGCAUUGACAUUUUUUUUUACUCCUUUCUGAGUACAUGUAUUUCCAUGUAAAUAAAUAUCUUUGAUAUUUUUAUACACCAAAAA